GUGGAUGAACAUCAACUCUAUUGAAAGCCUUGUGGAAAGACGUGCUUCAAAGGGGCAUGUGACCAUUUCAGAGCUGUUCAAUCAGUAUUUUGCUUUGAGUGUUCCUAAAGCUAGAUAUUUGCCCGUUAAAACGACGACAAACCUAUUUCUGCUGAAGUCUGACUUGUACACCUUUACGGAUGGCACACUGACUCGAAAUACAGCCAGAGAAAAUCCUGAUGACCCAUAUGUUGAAUUGGGACCAGAAUUUGAGAAU